GAGGGAGAGAGAGAGAGAGAGAGAGGAGGUGCUCCGCCCAGCUCACGCGUCACCCGUCUCCGACACCGGGUGAAAGAAGUACACGGCGCUUUUUAAACAGCAGUCUUCAGUCGUCGGCACAGAAGAAACAAGAGCGACUGAAGUGGUGAAAAGACGACGUUUAGCCGCCGAAAAAGUCGCAUGGAUUUAUUUUACUUCUCCGCGAAUGUUGAGGUGACUCUGGGCUGACGAGGGACGGCUGAAAACAAGAGGGAGUUCACCAAGCCCUGGAGGAGUUUUCUGUCAGGACGUUAGAGGAGUAACUACGUCCAUAUCACGGGCGACCAUCUAACCGUUGACUCAAGUAACCCACCCUGUUCAGCCCUCCUCUGCUCCCCUCCCCCUCAGUUCCCUUUCAUUCUUUGCCCCUUUUCCCCACUGGUUCCUCUGCCACAGAGGGCGGAGCAAAGUAUGGGGUAAGAGAACUGAGAGGAGACGCAAAGACACAACAAGCUGAGGAGGCCCACCCACCUGCACAGCUAUCUAAAGAAAGGAAGAUGAUUUUCAAAAAAUGUGGUGACGGUUGCAGGACGCUGUCAUGGCGAUGCAGCGGAGAAGGCUGAAGCUUGUGGUGACAGUGAUGAUGAUCAACCUCUUCAUCUUCAUCCUCAUUUUCCGACACAGCAGUCAAGACAAAAAUGGUCAUCACAAGGUCCGAAUCCCCUCCGGACCCUUCUGGACCAAACUGGCUCCCAACGUGGCUUACUGGAACCUCCAACAGCAGAUUCUUGACCUUCAGAACAAUCCCAUCCUGAUGGCUAACUACAGCGCCACAGCCGUGCCUGAGUGGUUUACCGACACCAGUUUGACCUCUGAUCCCUGUGAGCGUAAUCUCAGGGUUAAAACUCAGGUGAAAGACUACAACUCCCUACCAGACCGCUUCAAGGACUUCCUGCUUUACAUGCAUUGCCGUUCCUACCCGAUAGUGAUGGACCAGCUCGAUAUCUGUAAGGAGCAGCCGUUCCUGCUUCUGGCUGUCAAAUCCCAGGUAUCACAUUUCGACCGCCGCCAGGCCAUUCGUCAGUCCUGGGGAAAGGCGGGUGUUAUAGCCAAUCAGACGGUGGUUACUGUCUUCCUUCUCGGCAAUGCCACAGCUUGGGACCACCACCCAGAUCUAUCCAACAGCCUGCGUGAUGAGAGCGCCCGCCAUCAAGACAUCAUCCAGUGGGAUUACCGUGAUUCAUUCUUCAACCUGACUGUCAAAGAAGUUUUGUUCCUGGAAUGGAUCCAGACUCAUUGCCCCGAUGCUCACUUCAUCUUCAAAGGCGACGACGAUGUCUUUGUCAACACCUACCGCAUCCUGGACUUCCUCAAGGGCCUCUCAGAGCCCAAAGCCAGGGACUUAUUUGUUGGUGACGUGAUCACUGACGCGGGGCCACACCGAGACAAGAAGGUCAAAUACUUCAUCCCAGAGAGCAUGUAUGUCGGGAAGUACCCUCCGUACGCAGGAGGUGGUGGGUACCUUUACUCUGGUGACAUUGCUGCUCGUCUGCACGGUGUGUCACAACAAGUCCCGCUUUACCCGAUAGAUGAUGUCUACACAGGUAUGUGUCUUAGGAAGCUAGGACUGGCCCCCGAGAAGCACAAAGGCUUCAGGACAUUUGACAUAGAGGAGAAGUACAGGUCAAACCCCUGCGCCUAUAAGAGUUUAAUGCUUGUUCACCCGAGGACCCCGCAGCAGAUGAUCCAGAUCUGGAACUGGCUCAGUAGCCCUGAUCUCAACUGCCAGUGAUGGCUCCACAGCAACCAGUUUGGGACUGACUGAAAUGACCCCAGAGAAGAAGACAUUUUGGGGUUGCUCCCAGAAGGUCAAAUUGAUAAAUAUUUUAUCUUGAGCAGGGUCAUGGCUUAAAAGUUGGCAGCUUUAAGUUAAGAUAUAAUUAUAAUGGUCACGUGGAGCCUCAGCUUGGUGCAACUGAUGCAUUAUACCUCUAAAAAUCAGGAUGGAUGUGUUGUUAGCUCCAUUUUUCAAAAAUGACCACCAUAGUAUUUAGACUUGAUGUCAGACUUCCAUAGACAGGCUAACCCUGCUUUACUGUGUCAAAUGAGCUUGUGACCAUGUCUUUCAUUGCGUGCACAUAUUUAUAUCACAACUAUUUAUAUGGCCUUUAAAAUGCUUUAACACUGUGUGUCAGCUCCAUAAUGGAGCAUCUCAAUGCUGUAUUAUAUAGAUAAGGAGAAUAAGACCGGGGAUGUGUCCACCUGGGAACUCUUCUUUGUUGUUCGAUCAAGGGACAAGACACUGACUGUCAUGUUUUCAGCGCGAGUGUCUAAAUAUUUCAGACAUACAUAAAAGAGUGAGUUCUUGGUAAAAACCAGUGGUUCCCACAUGCAGCAGGUUAUUGCUGCUAGCUUUAAAAGAGCUUCCUGGUGAACACUUCCUGGUAAUUGUUGCUGGAGGCUUAGUUUGUGCUGCUAUUUCCAUCCACACUCCCUAAAGUAUUUACUUGUGACUCGCUCCAACUCAAACUCAACCAGUUCCUCCAAACCACCUGAGGAAACUCUCUCGUCUUCGCUGUUUGUGUUUUACUUUACAAACCAUUCAUUCAUUCUUGAAAAGGACAUAGGUUUUACUUUAAAUUCAUCAUUCAGUUUCUCAAAAAUCCACAGGUUUCACUCUUUAUUAAUGAUAGUUUUUCUGAUUACCAUAAUUUGUGCUGUUUGACAUUUUUAACCAAUAGAAACAUCAUGUUACAACAAAGGUUCAAAUCAUUAGGUUUGAAACAGGGAGUUUGGUGGAGUGAAUACACACUUUGUUUUCAGGAAAUAAGGGGAAAGGAGCCCAGCUCUGUACAGCUCAGCAGGUCUGGGCCUGGCUUGAUAUGGAUGGAGAAAUCUAAAUGCUGUCUAAUUCUGCUUGAGGUUCUCACCUUAUAUAAACCAGAAAAACCGCUCAUAUAAAUCCUAAGUGCAUUUCCAGAGCUAUACACAUUUCUGGCUGCAAGAGUAGAGGUUCUAUAUGAAAUGCUCAGUAUAUCUUGCUUCAUGAGUUGUUGUGUGAAAGUGUUGAAUAUUUGUUAAAUAUUGCUUUACUGUGAUGUCAGUGAAUCAGAGUCAGUAAUGCUUUAAAACACAGGUGGAACAUGGUAGAACAUCAUGUCUAAGCUACUUACGCUUCUGUUACUUGACAAAUUGGCUCUGCAAUGUUCACUGAUCAUUUUGAAGGCUUCAUUUCAAAAUGUUACAUAUCUAUUUUUGAGGAAAGAAAAAUCUUAUUGUCUUUGCUCACCAUUUUAGGAUACAGCCAAUUAUUAAUUAUUCCUCUAAAAAGUUGAAGUUAAGUCGUUAAGAACUCAUACUUUAUAGCUCCAGAUAUAUUUAGUAAUUUGUUAAAUCUUUCCUGGAAUUGUUUUCUGGUGAAGGUUUUAAAAUGGUGGGUAACUCAUUUGGGAAUUAAAGUAUUUGAAGGUUACUGCUCAGCUCACUACUGUAUGGCUUUAGCACAAAUGCUGUCUUUUACUUGCUUUACGAGAAAGGUGCUGCACAUAUUUACUUUGCAUCUAUGUUACAUAAUAUUCCUUUCCAGUUGUAUGUGAGACACAGUCAGACAUUUGACACAUAUUGAGAGUUUCUCAGAUGCACCUUUGUGAUAUGACAUGUCUCAGAGAGAUGACGAAUGACUACAGAGAGGGAGAGGAGAUGAGGAGAUCUUUGUUUCUCCCUGAGCCUGCGCGAAAAAGUCAGAGAAGUGAGUUGCAUGAAUCUGCUCUGUACCCAGGUUUAGGGUCAGUCCACUUCAGUCCAUUUCACUGAUUUCAGUUCAAGAAGUGGAUUUUCUUCAGUAUUCACACUUAGAAUGUCACUGAACCUGAUCCAUGAAGUCUCUGUAAAUAAGUGGCAUUAAUAUUGGUUUCAGUCACGUGUUUAGAUUGACCCUGAACCAUGUUGUUACACUUGAGAUGUGAGAGAAGGUGGCCUAUGGUCCUAUGCUUCUGUUAGAGCUCCCCCUGCUGGUCAGGAUGGUGAACUUUAGCUUGUAAGACUCAGCUUUAUACAGACACUGGCAACUUCAUGACCCAGAACUGUAGUUAGUAACCUAAUUUAUUUUUUUCAUGUUUUCACCAUCUGUCCAUUAUCUUGGUCUUUGAGUCUUCACGUCCCCCAUAUUAGGAGCUUAUCUGUCUGUUUUACUGUUUUGUGUCACUGUAGUUUGACAGUUGUAACUACGUGUUGAGAUUACCUUUAGCCUGCAUUGGUGUCAGAUAGCUGGUUUGCCACACACACACACACACAAAAUAAAUAAGUAAGGACAAUCACAAUUAUGUUCUUUAAAUUUUGUAAGUGUUUUUUUUUUUCUUUUGGAUUACCAACCUACUGGACACUAUUUUUAAUUACCCACAUGUGGUAAAAAAUCUAUCUAUCUCCAUGUAGGAUAAAUCAAACACUAAAAAGGAGACCAAAUAGGAGCCAAGGACCGAGUGGACCUUGUUUCAUUCUUCUAAAAUAUUUAAGUCAACUUAUAUCACCUGUUCUCUUGUUCUCUGGGUCAUGUGUCCUCAACAUCUUCACUGUAGUCUCUCACCACUCACAUACCAAUAAUAAGUUACAUUCUAUCCUCACUGCACACAUUUUGUGGCUACUUGAAAUGUUUACAUGUUCUUAAAAGUCAUCAUCACUUAUUUUUAGAAUUGUUACUCCUGUCUGAUGAUUGGCUGUAGAGGUAUUUUUGCAGUUGUCCGGGCUGUUCAGCAACUUUUCUUUCUUUAUGUUGUACUGUCUGAUGUUUCUGGCUUUGUAUAUUUGAAUGUAACCUCUCACCGUCACUGUUCUUUAUCUGGUCAUUUCACUUCACUGAUGUUGUGUUUCUUCUUUUGAAGGACUUUUUCUCAUUUUCUAAGAGACAUAUAACUUAGAUGUGUGUACCAACAGUCAGUGUUUAUCUGGUCUCAGGGGCCAGGAUGUGUCAUUCUCUGGGCUCAUGUAGUUGGUGGUGUUGCUUUUAAGGCAGAACAGUCAUCCAGUGGGUAUAGAAAAACAUGCAGUGAAACACACAGAAAUGUGUUGGUGAACAAGACAGGGCAAAUUUUCCAGAAAACCGAAUAGACACCAGGGGCAAAAUAUCUAAUAAAAUGUAACAAGAUCAAUAAGAAAUUAUCAUUUGUUAAUGCACAAGUGUCUGGGAUAUUAUAUGUUCUAAAACAACUGAAUUUCACAACAACUUUGACUGGUUAAUCAUGUGUCUUGUUCAUUUAAUCAAUCAGGAUUUGGAUCAAAUAUCUGUCUGUUGUGACCCAGAAAGAAAGUUGUGAGUCAUUUUCAGAUGAAUCCUUGCUUUCAUUAACAAUUAUGUAACAUUGAUUCUUUUUUUUUCACUACAUGGCUGCAUUACCCCUCUGUUGACAUGUAUUUCAAAAACCAUGUCAUUUUUGUCAUUGUGUUAUACAACACCUGCACUAGUCAGAAAUGAUAACCAAAUCUGUGCCUGAUGUUUGUACGUACUGUAUGUAUAAAAUGAUCCUUCAACCACGUUAGGUGUGAUCGCUUUUUUUAUUACCUAGAAUGACUUGAUUAUUUGAAUAAAGUUAUAUUUUGCUGUUUUGUAUGUACUGUUCUAUGCAUUUUUAUUGGUAUAAAAACAAAUAAAUUAUGUGACGCAAGUGUAA